CUUGCUUCUUCGCCACCCAACCAAUCAAGAACUGAUUACUCUUGAAUUUUUCUGAACAAGCAAAGGAGAAACAACAAGGGCAGCCAUGAACUCGAGUGUUUUCACUUGCAGCUACGCAAUCUCUGGUGCUAGCUCAGCAGAGCUAAACCAGAAAGUGGGUUUGGUAAAUAAUUCAUCAGUUUGGUUUGGUCAGAAGAAACAAACGCUUCCUGUGAUCAAAGCUCAACAAAGAGUUAGUGGUGAUGAUGUUAAUGGAAGAAGAUCCGCAAUGGUUAUCUUAGCUGCUACACUCUUCUCCUCUGCCGCUGUAUCUGCUUCUGCUAAUGCUAGCGUCUUCUUCGAUGAAUACCUCGAGAAGAGCAAAGCCAACAAAGAACUGAAUGAUAAGAAGAGAUUGGCAACAAGUGGAGCAAACUUUGCGAGAGCAUUCACUGUCCAGUUUGGAAGCUGCAAGUUCCCUGAGAAUUUCACUGGUUGCCAAGAUCUUGCCAAGCAAAAGAAAGUACCAUUUAUCUCAGAAGAUUUGGCUUUGGAAUGCGAAGGCAAAGACAAAUACAAGUGUGGUUCCAAUGUUUUCUGGAAAUGGUGAUCAUGUUUUGUUUGUAUAUGCAAUCUUUAUUCAUCAAAUUUGCUCAUAUCCAUUUGAAUCUAUAAAGUUAACCUCUACUGAGAUAAAUAUUAUUGCACACACAAAAGAAACCAAAGAAACAUUAUUCGUUGUGGAAACAAAGAGUUACAAAGAAAACAAACACAAAGAACGAAUCAGAGAGAAGAAGCUUUCUCUUGCUCAGCAAUGGACUCACGAACUGCUUUCAAAAGCAGAGGCAUUAUCUUCUCAUUAGCAACUAUAAUCCCUGUGUCCAAAUCAAG